AUGCCUAUUGAUGAAACAAAUGAAUGUAAAGAAUCAAAUGUUGUCAUACAUUGUGAUCGUGAUUGGAAAUUUUUACAAUUAUUUAAUCAACCACCAGAUUUAGAUUGUUUUUCAAUAAAUUAUAAUGAUAAUCAUUGGACAAAUAUUGAUUUACCACAUAAUGAAAUAAAACAUGAUUCAUCAGCAUAUUGGUAUCGUAAACGAUUUGAAUGGAAACAUAAAUCAGAUGUUCAUCAACAUAUUUAUUUAAAUUUUAUUUUAACUGAUUAUUAUUAUAAAUAUUUAAAUUAUACAAAAGUUCCACAAAUAAUUGUAUGGUUAAAUCAUGUUCCUAUUUCUUUUGAUUCACUUACACAACAUUCAAUUGAAAUAACAUCUUAUUUACAUACCGAUUUUGAUAAUAUUAUUGUUAUUUGUUCACCAGACGGAUAUUCACUUUCAUCAUAUGUUCGUAUACUUAUGUCACCUAUGUGUAUUGGUCAAUUAAAUUAUGAUGAUUUUGAUACAAAUACAUUAAAACGAUAUCAUAAAAAACUUGAUUAUACAGCAAGUUUUAAUGAUGCUGAUGGACUUAUUGAUGUAUCUAUUGAUUCAAUACAAAAUAUUGAUGAUGAACAAUGUCAUUUCGAUGAAGAUAAUGAUUGGGUUCAAUUAUCUAUGACAGAUAUUGAUGAUGCUAAACAAGUAUUACAAGUUGGUCCUGUACCACGUCUUGCUAUAGUUAUUCUUAUUGUUGGUACACGUGGAGAUGUUCAACCAUUUAUUGCAUUAGCAAAAUCAUUACUUAAUUAUGGUCAUCGAGUACGUCUUGCUACACAUGAAAUAUUUAGAAAAUUUGUUCGAGAAAAUGAUAUUGAAUUUUAUCCAUUAGCUGGUGAUCCAGCUGAUUUAAUGUCAUUUAUGGUUAAAAAUGCUGGUAUUGUUCCAUCAGUUAGUAGUAUUGUAUCUGGUGAUGUUAAAAAAAGUCGUCGUAUUAUUUCUGAUAUUCUUAAAUCUACAUGGAAAGCAUGUACUGAACAUGAUGAUGAAACAGGUGUACCAUUUAUAGCUGAAGCUAUUAUUGCUAAUCCACCAUCAUAUGGUCAUAUACAUUGUGCACAAAAAUUACAAAUUCCACUUCAUAUAAUGUUUACAAUGCCGUGGUCACCAACAAGUGCUUUUCCACAUCCAUUUUGUAAAGUUAAUGAUGAUAUUGAAUUAAUUGAUCGUUUUAAUAGACUAUCCUAUGGUAUUAUUGAAAUGUUGACAUGGUCUGGUAUGCAUGAUCUUAUUAAUGAAUUUCGUGAAGAUACUCUUCAACUUGCACAUUUACAUACUCGUGAAGCAGUACAUGCAAUGAUGUUAGAGCAAGUUCCACAUACGUAUUGCUGGUCACCCUCUCUUGUUCCUAAACCAUCUGAUUGGCCUGAAUAUAUAAAUGUAUCUGGUUUUUUCUUUCUUGAUCUUGCAAAAAAUUAUCAACCACCUGAAAAUCUUAUUCAAUUUCUUAAAGCUGGUGAUCCACCAAUUUAUAUUGGUUUUGGUUCUAUUACUGGUCAUGAUUCACGUCGAAUUUUACAAAUUGUUUUAGAAGCUUUACAUGCAACAGGAUAUCGAGCUUUAUUAUCUGGUUUAGCUAAAGAUGAUGAUCAACUACCUGAUAAUGUUUUGAAAAUCGAUAAUUGUCCACAUGAUUGGCUGUUUCAAUAUGUGGCUGCUGUUUGUCAUCAUGGAGGUGCAGGUACAACUGCCGCUGGUCUUCGUGCUGGAAAACCAACAAUAAUUGUUCCAUUUUUUGGUGAUCAAUUUUUUUGGGGAACAAUGGUUUGGAAAAGUGGGGCUGGUGCACGACCUAUACCUGGUAAAAAUUUAAAUGUUAAUGAAUUAAUUGAAGCAUUUAAAACAGUACAUCAAUCAGAUGUAUGUCAAGCAGCUGAAAAAUUACAAAAUGCAUUUCAACAUGAAAAUGGAUGUGAUAAUGCUGUUCAAUCAUUUCAUUCUAAUUUACCAUUAAGAAAUAUGCAAAGUAAUCUUGAAUCAACAUUUGGUGCAUGUUAUUAUUUAAAAGAUUAUAAUUUAAAAAUUUCACGUCCUGUUGCACAAGUACUUGUUACUGCUGGUAUGAUUAAAGAAUCACAAUUGAGUUUACAUUCAACUUAUCAUUGGAAUAAAUUAUCUGAUGAUAAUAGUCAUCAUCUUCCUACACCUGGUAUAAUAAGACAUGGACAAAAAGCAUUGAAUUGUUUAUUUGUUGAUACACCAAAAGCUUUAAAAGAUAUUAAAAAUUCAAGUAAUUUUAUAAUAGGUGCACGUGAUGGUGUUGAAUGUAUUCUUAAAGGUGUUGGAAAAAGUGUUGCAUAUGCAUCUAUUGGUUGUUUAUCAUUUUAUGGUGAUGUAACCGAUGCACUUGAAUAUUUACCAAAAUUAUAUGAUCCAUAUACAGAUUAUAAUGAACAUCAACGACCACAAAUUGAUAAUUUUCAAUCGGGAGCUAAAGCUGCUGGACAAGCUGUAUGGUAUGGAAUUAAAGAUGGUGUAACUGGAUUAGUAAAUAAACCUCGAGCAGGUUUUCAACGACAUGGAAUAUUAGGUGGUGCAGCUGGCGUUGUUGUUGCUAUACCAAAUAGUGUUAUUAAACCUGUUGCUGGUACAUUAGCUUCAAUAACUUGGUUAACUCGAGGUGUUUAUGCUGGAGCAAAAAAUUUAACACAUAAAAAUGAUUCGAAUUCGAAUAAUACAUUAUCAUUAUUAAAUUCUAAUGAAAAUCAACAAUCAUCAUAUCGAUCAACGUAUAAUAAUGAUGAUAUAUCAGCGGAAAAUCGAGCUUCAAUUGAAUCCGGUUUAACAAUUGAAAAAUGUAAAGAAAUUUUAAUUGAAUUUGAAAGAAUUAAAAAUGAAUAUAAAUCAAUGAUAAAUAAAAAUGAUAAUACAACAAUGCACCAUAAAGAUAAAAACUCAAAGAAAAAAAUUCAACGGCAACGUAGUCAUUCAAUUCAUUAA